GUAUGUUUUAGUACAUAUAUUGUCGUCCUGGGCGUAGUAAUAAAAGUGGUAAGAUACUCUCGAGGACUAGCGUCCUCAAGCGUCAAUCACGGCGAACAUUUUACGUUCAAUGGUUAACCAAAUUCCUGUGCCUCAGGCCAAAUAUGAAUUGUUAACUGACGUCCGCCAACCUCGUUGGAAGACGCAAGUGCUUUGUUUGAUAUUAAUAUUACUAGUACUAGCAAUUCUUUUUAUAACACGGACUUGGAUAGGAAUCCUUAUUCUAAGUUCUCCAAAAACUGAGACUCUAGACACAGAAACCUUCGAUAAUGCCAAGAUUGCUACGUGGUUACGUCGGGCUUGGAUGUACGCCGAGUCGACGAAGGAGAACCAGAAUGCGGACAGGAACAAUACCAUCAGUACGUCACAACAGUACUACACCAACUCCACAAGGCAGAUCAUUGUCUGUUAUUACACCAUAUCGUGGUACCUGAACACGCUCUGGGAGCUCCGUCCGUCGCACAUUGACCCUAAUCUUUGUACGCAUAUUAUCGUGGGUUUUGCGAGCGUGGUGAACUGCACCCUCGAUCUGGGUAACAAUUCAUCAAUUUACAAAGAUGUUGUUGCCUUGAAAAAUGUGCAACCAGAAUUAAGGGUCAUGAUAAGUGUUGGCGGUAGUAAUGAGCUCCACUUAGGUUUCUCGGAAAUGGUAAAAAAUCACACAAAUAGGAAAAGAUUUAUAAAGUCCGUAUUAAAUGUGACAAAGUCAUUUGGUUUUGAUGGAUUAGAUUUAGAUUGGGAAUUUCCAGCAUGGCUUGGAGCUGAUGAUCGAGAAAAAAUUCAUUUCACGCAACUUCUACAAGAAAUAAGAAGAGAAUUUCAAAGAGCCCAAGAAACAUUAAUUCUUUCUGUUGCUGUGGCAGCUCCUCAAGCUAUUGUCGACCAAAGUUAUGAAGUUGCAGAAAUGGCAAAAUAUUUGGAUUUUGUAAACCUUAUGUCUUAUGAUUAUCAUUUUUACGUUUGGUAUUACCCAAUUACUGGGCUCAAUGCACCACUAUUUCCACUUUCUACGGAAUCUGGAUAUCUUUCUACUUUAAACGUUAAUUUCUCAGCUCACUAUUGGCUCGCAAAAGGCAUGCCAAAGGAAAAGUUAGUUAUUGGUAUUCCUACUUAUGGUCACACUUAUAAACUAGAUAAUCCAUUAAAUCAUGGCUUAUUUGCUCCGACAAGUGGCUUUGGAAAAUUGGGUGACAUGGGUUUCGUUUCUUAUUUUGAAGUUUGUCAGUUCCUUCAAAAUGGUGCACAAAGCAUUUUUGUAAAUGAAAGUAAAGUUCCAUAUGCUUAUAAAGCCAGCGAAUGGAUAUCGUUCGACGACAUUGCAAGCGUUUAUUAUAAGGCGAAGUGGAUUCUUGCGAACAAUUUUGGAGGUGCAAUGAUAUUAUCUUUAAACGCUGACGACUGGAACUUCACAUGUAAAUUAAACGAAUCUUUUGCUUUAACUCGUACAGUAUCAAAAGUUCUCAGGUACCAGGAAGACUAAUGCAUUUAAUGUUACUUAAUGGUAUUAAAAACCUUUUUUUUAUUAUAAAUUACAUUCCGAAUAGAAACAUUUCAUUCUUAAUUAAUUUUAUUCAAUAUAAUUAAUUUCUAAAUGAUUCUUUAUAAAACAGUACAAAAUUUUUGCAGUACAAAAUUAAUAAUUUAAUUUGAUCAGUAUAGUAAUAUUAUUUUAUAAGGAGGCUCAUACUUUUCCUUUACUGAAAAGUAUUCUUGACAAUUAUUACUAAUGUGUGAUUAUAGAUAUACCUGAAAGUACAAUUAUGAUUUUAAGUCGAAGCUAUUUAGCCGAAUAUAAUGUAUUCUCUUCCUUAUUGCAAACAUAUGUGAUUUUUUUUCACAUACAUAAAAUAUGUACACAAGGUAUUUCAAUUUGUUUUCGCCGAAGGGUAUCAGGAUGUUCUGUAAUGAAAAACAAAUGAAAUAUUAUAUAAACAUAAAAUCGAUAAUGCCUGAUUACAAAGGCAUAAUAAAAAUAUAAAAUUUAAAGGGAUUGGUUCCUUGUUCAUAUUUAUCGAAGUUGUUCCAAUUUCCGCCCUUUUUUUUAAUACAUAGUUGUCAUCGGCAGAAAGUAGUAUCUAUGAAUUUCAUACAGAUUAAACGUUUUCAUAUAGUAUUAACCAGAAAUGACAUUAUGUUUAUAUAAUAUUUUUUUAUUAUUGUUAUCAUAGAACAUGUUGGUACCGUUUAGCGAAAAUAAAUUGAAACACCCUGUAUAAUCAUAUCAUAAAAUUACUGGGAAAGAAUUUGCACGUUUCCACCUAUGUAAGUCGUAAGCAAAUUUACUACAUAGAUACUAAAACCUUGUACAUUGUAUUUCAAUCGUUUAUUUAAAUUUAAUUGUUAUUUCGAUUUUAAUAAAUUUUAUUUUCGAACAUUCUUUAUUUUUUAGUUUUAAUUUUGUUCCUUUGUUAAAAAUAUUAUAUUAGUUAAAUUAUUAAAUCAAAUAAUUUUCGUGCAGGAAAUAUUUAAACUUUAAAAAAGUCUGCUUUUCUAUGUUAGUUUUCCAGAUCAGUUGUUCAGAAUGCUAGAAAAUUUAGCUUCGAACUGUAAUUGUAAAAAACAAUGAAUUAUAGUUUCUUUAAAAUGAACUGCACCUUUCUCCAAUUUCAAUUACAUUUAGCUUUCACAUGUAACAAUACUAACAAUUUACAAAAAGAAUAGAUUGAAUUGAUACAUAAAUAAAUUCCAUUUUUCUAAACAAAUUAAAAAUUUGUAUUGAAUAAAUAGUGUAAUACUAAUAAUCAAUUAUAUAUUUAUGAUUAUUAUAUAGGACCCGCUCAAUUUUAAAUAAUUGUAUAUCAUAAGUUGAAUUUAAUCUCUUAUAAACAGUAUAACAUAAAUAGUGUCUAACUGUUUACCUAUAAUGGAAUGUUUUAUGUAUCAACUUAAUAAUAAUUCUUAAACAAUUUAUCAACUGAAAGAUUUCGGUACAACUUUUCUUUCUAAU